AAAUUACAGGUAGAAGGCAAACACUCCCAGAAAAGCACUGCAGAGAGCAUGUCAGUGUAUAAAUAAGGCUGUGCGAAGUAAUGCGUGCCAGGGCGGCGGGGGGAAAAAAGCAUAGAAAAAAGUGGAGUCAUGUAAUAUUGAUGCUUUCAGAGUUGUGCAGGUGCCUUUGGGUAAACGCAGGCGCGCGCUGAACACGCCGCAUGUGAUUUCCAGCUUCAGUCAUGUUGGCAGCACGAUGCGCGGCGGAGACGGGAGCGGGGCUGUGAAACCGGACCCUCUGCCAGGGAUGUCGACGAGCAGGAGUCCCUGAAACCUCCGCCAACCCAGGAUACAGCCUUUAUACGGACUGAUAUGUGUUUUCCUGCGCGAGUGCGGGCUGCUUUUUCCUUCGUUUUUUUUAUUGUUUUCUUUUUUUCCCCUUCUUCUCCUCCUCCUGCACGCAGUAUAUAGUGGACCUGGAUGCCGUGUGGGCGAUGCAGUCACAAGGGAUAUAUUGUGAUUUGGCGGAGAUGUGUUAGCCACCAUUGAAUUGAUUAAAAACAAGUAAAGGAGGUAACGAGGGAUCUAAUAAGAGAUCGCCACCUGUUACCAGAAAAUCAGACUUCACCUCUGUGGAAGAGCAGAAUGUUAUCUUAGCACCAUCCUCCCUGAUACUGCAGCGCAGCCACAGUUCAGGGACCUUUAGAAGAAAUUCCAUCCUCCAAACGAUAACCUCAAUCUGCUCUCCAGCAUUGGCUCUACUGGGAAUAACGCUGCUUACACAUACACACAGCCAGCCAGCCAGGAGAAGUGACAGUGUUGCUCUCCCGCCGCCCAAAUCUGACAGCCAUGAUCCUGAUCCUGAGAGGCCCCCUGCUACAGCUUAGAUCAGGGAUCAGCUCGCUGCUCGAUGGCUAGACCUCAAUACUCAAAGAGCUGGAGGCCUUUCUGAUGAGAAUCUCUCACUGCAUUGUAGCACAUGGAUUUCAAGACUUCAAAUGAAGAGACAAAGACUGGGAUUUAUUUGAUGCAAGAAGGUAAUGAGGAGCCAUUUAAUAUUCGACUACACUUGGCCAAAGAUAUUCUGACUAUUCAAGAACAAGAUGUCAUCUGCAUUUCAGGAGAACCUUUUUAUUCAAGCGAGAGAACUGUAACAAUCAGACGGCAGACGAUUGGAGGGUUUGGUCUCAGCAUCAAGGGUGGAGCAGAGCACAAAAUCCCUGUUGUGAUAUCAAAAAUAUCAAAAGAACAAAAAGCUGAACUCUCUGGGCUGCUUUUCAUCGGAGACGGCAUCCUUCAGAUAAAUGGAAUAAAUGUCAGAAGCUAUCGCCACGAGGAAGUGGUGCAGGUUUUGAGAAAUGCAGGCGAAGAGGUAACCCUAACGGUGUCGUUCCUGAAGAAGACUCCUGCCUUUUUGAAACUGCCGCUGUGUGAGGACUGCACAUGCAUUCCCAGUGACCAGAGUAGUGGGACAUCAUCUCCUUUGUGUGACAGCGGCCUACACUUAAACUACCACCCCAACAACACGGACACAUUGUCCUGCUCGUCCUGGCCCACUUCUCCGGGGCUUCGGUGGGAGAAGAGAUGGGUGGACCUGCGCCUUAUUCCUCUGUUACACUCACGCUUGUCGCAGUACAUCCCCGGCUCUGACGUUUGCAGGAAAAAUGCUUUCCAAGUCAUAGCUGUGGACGGAGUUUGCAGCGGAAUCGUACAGUUUCCCACUGUUGAAGACUGCUUGGACUGGCUUCAGGCAAUAGCAAGCAACAUUUCCAGUCUCACCAAGCACAAUGUGAAGAAGAUUAACAGGAAUUUUCCAGUAAACCAGCAGAUUAUCUACAUGGGCUGGGUCGAUGAGAAGGAGCAGGACUCUGUUCAGGACAGGAUGUACUCACCAAAGUUCCUCGCUCUGAGGGGUUCCUCACUCUUCAAGUUCACAGCUCCUCCCGUGACGACGUGGGACUGGACCAGAGCAGAGAAAAGCUUUACCGUGUAUGAAAUAAUGUGCAAAAUUUUAAAGGACAGUGACCUUUUGGACAAAAGGAGACACUGCUUCAGUGUUCAGACAGAGAGUGGGGAGGACAUGUUCUUCAGCGUAGAGCUGGAGUGUGAACUGCUGAUCUGGGAAAAGGCUUUUCAGAUGGCCACGUUUCUGGAGGUGGAGAGGAUACAGUGUAAAACAUAUGCUUGCAUAAUGGAGAGCCACCUCAUGGGACUUACAGUUGACUUCAGCAUGGGAUUUGUGUGCUUCGAUGCUGCUUCAAAGGCAGUACUGUGGAGAUACAAAUUCUCCCAGCUAAAAGGAUCAUCCGACGACGGAAAGAGCAAGAUCAAAUUUUUAUUCCAAAAUCCAGAAUCCAAGUCUAUUGAAGCAAAGGAGCUGGAGUUCUCAAACCUCUUUGCUGUUCUUCACUGUAUUCACGCUUUCUUUGCUGCCAAAGUUGCUUGUCUGGACCCAGUGUUUGUGGAGAGCCAGGGCAGCGCUACGACUGCUGGGAUUCCUUCGCUGUCUAGCCUCUCUUGUAACUCACAGACUCCAAAACUGAAAUACACCACUUGACAGGUGCUGCUGUCUCCGGACUUCUUUUAAAAGACCAGAAUCGCCUCAGACAUCGGACAGCUGAACGUGGAUCAAGGCUAUAAGUGUGUUGCGGAUAGCUGGACGCUUUAGUAGAAUAAAAGACCUCCUUGUGAGUAUUACACUUGAUAUCUCUGAAGACUUCAGGAAUUACUUUGGACCUGACUUUGAACCUCUUCUUUAAAAACCUUCUGAGAGCAACUCGAUGAACAUGAAAUGGGUUUUUGUCUUUCUUUCAAGCCUCAGAAAACCACAUUAUUAUCACAUCAAACAGAAAUUGCUGGUAAUUUCCCUCAGUAGUUUGUCUUUUUUCUGUGAAACUUCACUGAAAAUCUUGGGCUAGAUGCAUAAAGAUGUGCACACUCAUGGCUGUAUGGGUUUGUACUCAUAAAAGCAUAUGAAUUACUUUCUCUAGACUUCCAAAUCCUUCAUUUUCAUGGAAGCUAAGUACAAAUUUACUUAAGAUUAUUAAUUAGCAUGGGAUUUUCUUAACAUCACAAACUGACUCUUUUUUUUAAAUCUGGGGAUAAUAAGGUGGGAUUUUCUCUUGGGAUAACAGCCUUAUCUUAGUCUGCAAGCUAAUUUGGAUGUGAUUUUUUUUCCAAAGUCACAAGUUGAAUAUUUGUUUGUCUUAAGAAAACCAAACCAUUUUUAUUUCUUUGUCCCUCAAAAACAACAUGCAUUUCCUUGAAAUAAUGGAUUUACUUGCUUUUAUUAUUAAUUUAAAUGUGAUUUUCUGUAGAUUACAGGCUGAAUAUUCUUUUAUCUUGAGCUAACUAACUGUUUGUGGUGCAAAUGGUUAUUUUCAUACUCCUAGUUUCAUUGUUCGCUAUCAUGACACUUCAGUUUGGUACCACACUAGUUCAAUGAUCUUUAAUGGGGCAUUUUCACAUUUAGAAAUCUGUCCGUAUUAUGUUCUUUGUUUGCUUUUGUUUCAUGAUUGCAAACUUAUUUAAAGUUAUCUCAAGAAAGUAAAUCUUUUUAUGUCAAAACAACUAAAUGUAUCGAACAUAAUACCUUUGUUAAAUUCAUAUGAUGACAUAAAAAGUCUUAUUUUCAAAUAUUGAGGCAAAUAACACAUUAUCACUAAAUAAUCUUUUCUGAGGGGACUUUUCUCAGUUUUAUUGCAGAAAUCUUAAUAAUUAAGAAAGAACUCCUUUUUUGUACUAUGAAUAAUGAAAGCCCUCUAUUUGCAAUAUAUACACACAGUAUAGUAUAGUAUUCAGAUAGUUAGUUCUCAUUUAUGUCCAGUAAAACCUUUUACAAUCAUGAUAAAUUUUCUCCACGUUUUUUUCAUUUUUGCUUUAUUCUAUUGGACUGAAAUUACUCGCUGAAUAAGUGGUCUGAAAAAUACGGCUCAAUAUUCUCAUAGCAUAAGUAGUUGAAGGCAUAUGUAUGGUUUAUUUGUGUGUGUGUGCAUAUGCAGGGGUGUGUGCACACAUGAUUUAUGCAUCUAGCCUCUGGAGUUAACAAUAUGAAAAAGCACUUUUUUCUAAAACAUGUAGACUUAUUUGGAGAAAAAAAAAAAGCCUUGACUGGAUUAUAGGAAGAGUUUACACUCAUUUUAAGUGUUUUUGUGUUUUUAAAUGGACAGUGUAAUUCAAGACUCAUUUAAAGUCAGAUUUAUUUACCUCAGUUUAGAGUCCACCUAUAACUAAAAAGCAACAUUGCUGGUGAGAGAAAUGUAUGUUUUAGGUUGUUUCUUGUGUUGUCCUUGCCUGACACUCAGCAUUGUGAAGUACAAACACAUGUACCGAUCUGCGUAUCGGUGUAUAAAUGUGUGAGCGUUGGUGAGUGCGAAUGGGUGAAUGUGACUCUAGUGUAAAGCACUUUGAGUGGUCAAAAUGAUUGAAAAAGCGCUACAUAAGUUCAGUCCAUUUACCAUUUUACCAUUUACAUCUGUUUUUGGGUCACUGAACAGGUUGGCUGAAAGUCUAUUGCUGUUUAUUUUGUUGGUGGAUAAAGAAGAUGACUUUGAACACCAGGUUCAUCAUUAAACAGCCUCAAUUGGACAAACAAACAACAAAAAGAACCAAUUUAUGUUUAUAAUAUCUCUUCUCAAAGCAAUUAUGUAAAUAAACACUGACAUUUGAAUAAACUCGGAUAACUAUAAGCAUAACCUGAAGGACUGUCACUAUUACUUGGCAUUAAGGUAUUAAAUAUUUGUUGCGUGCCAGAGAUAAAAAGCUCAUACACUGA